AUGGAAAAACCGGUUGACAAUGAUUUGUUAUCAUGUACCGAAAAUACUAACAAAAAUAAAAUAAAACCAAGAGGGAAAAAACGUAAAAGGAUAGACAGUGAUAGUAGCUCUGAAACGGGGGAUGUACUGCCAGAAAAUGCUUUAGAAGUCGAAAAUAAUCUUAUUGCAUCAGCAGUGAAAAAUAAUCUAGAUGAUGUUUGUGUCAAGAAAAUAUUGAAGAAAGUAGUAACCAAUGACCAUGUGUUAGCACUUGUUAAGCUAAGAGAGGAAGAGGAAAAUUCAAGCAUGGAAAGUAGUGGUGUUAGACCAAAACUCACUCGUGCGAAAGCAAAGGAGCUUAAGAAGCCAUGGAAUCUGGAGAACCUUGAACUGACCCCUAUCAAGCACAUACCGGUGAAGACAAGGCCUGAGGUGAAGGCACUCAUUGCGCAAGAGUUGCCUGAAGAUGAGGACGAUGAAGAAUAUGAGCCGACACAUGAUGAUGUGCCUAGUGAUGACGACCAAGGUCUCGAGUCUUGCAGCGAUAUCGACUCUCAACCUCGGACUCCAGCGACACCCAGGAGUUUGAGCAAAAGUAGUCCGAGACUUGUCAAAGAUGGACCCUUCAAAGUACCUGUAGAUGUUUCGACGCCUACUCGCCGUAAACUCAAAUUGGAUGAAGAGGAAGCAACGAUAGCGUUACGGACAAGGUCCAAACUGUGUCUCUCCGAAACUCCCAUAGAGCACAUAGAGAGUUCGUUCGUACCCCCUGACGAUUUGCCCGUGCCCCCUGUAGAUGAUCAUUUGUGGAACGAAUUUUUGACGGACUGUAUGAACCCAACUUCUGUGUCUAAGAAUGAGGACGAUGACGAAACAGACCCCGAGUAUAAUGUCGCCGCUGAUCCUGACGCUCACGACGAGGAUGAAGAGGCCUUAGACAGUUCCAUCAUCAAGAUAUCUAAGAAGGAACUGAAUGAUUUGGUGACGGAGUUGUUCAAUAUCAUGCCCGAAGCGUCGGUGGACGACGAACUGGCGAAUAUCGCCACUAGCGUGCUCACCGACGAUACGAAGAAUGGGACAAGCAACUGCUGGGAAGGCAAACAGGAGCCCCUUUCAGAUGAAGAGCCUCAGUUGAGGAUAUGCGAGGGCUUGUCCGUAGAAAGGCGCGAUAGCUUUAACAAAGUGUCCAUCGGCAAGUCGGAACCGAUGGACGAAGACCCUCUGGUGAUACCUAAAGCCGAAGGAACCGAUAAACAAUCUUCAAUAAGACAAAAGACAAACGACGAGGAAAGCAACCAACCGCUUAUAGUCUACACCCCGUGUACGGUGGUGCGGAUGGCCGUGCAGGAAACAGUGAUGGGUGCGCAGCCGCCGCCGGAACCGGCUCAAGUCCCGCCUCUAGUCCUACAAAUUCGUCACGAACCCAGAAAGUCUGGCUCACUUACGGUCACCGUACCGAAGGAACCUGUGAUAUUGCCGGAACAAGUGCUGAUCUUACAGCAACAACUGAGGCAGCACGUACAGCUGUCGACGUCCAACUUUCUGCAGUUGUUCGUGAAUCCACUGCACUGGGCGAUAGCGCCCGUCUACAAGGACUAUUUGGAGUCCCUAUCGAGGAUGGUGGAAGUGAAUCCUUCAUCCGUAGCGGGCGUUUGCAACCUUAAAGCGGCAAUGGAGCUGGUCAAGAACUGGGAGGAGACUGUCUCUAAGGACACGCCCGAAAACACCGCCAUGGUCGAAUUUAUUCAGAAGGAAGCUGAAAGAUGGCGGCGAUCGACAGCGAAUAACAGACUAUACACGGGCGAAUUCCCUGAAAAGUUCAAGAAAGUUGUGGCGAAUAGUACGGUGUUCCUCUACCCUUACUUAUUGCCGCCGCUACCGUACGGCGCCGACAGCAAGAGAAAAUACAGCUACCUGCGCUCCGAAGACGAGUUGAUUGCGCUGGGUCUGGAUCAGUUCUGGCCUUACGUGGACAACAACCCGGGUAUAUUUAAGCGGAAGCAGAACUCACACCCUCGCCACCGUUGGGGGCUGGCGGUUACCGUGGAGCUGAUGAUCAAGCACAUGUUCCCGUGGCUCACUUCGCGUAUAAUCCGACAGCGCAUCACCAGCGCGCGAUCUCACGCCGAUCCCGACAACCCCAUAUACAAAUUUCUCACGACUGGCGAGGUGACGCCAGUGAAGCACAAACUGAUUCCGUUCAACCCUAAGAUGACUUUAUACGAGCAGCCCGAAAUAGAGAUGCCCAGGUGCUGGCUACGGCAUCUUGGCAAAACCAGCAAACGGUUCAAGGUAUUUUUAACACGGCGGCAUAAUCACACAGGGAGUGCGCCAGAAGGAGUAGAAAUAGACGUGAAUUCUCUCAUAGAGCCGCCUCCCAAAGAGCCUCUGCACAUAGACUUCACCAAAGAGAUAAAAAUGUCAAGACCCGACCCGACAUUAGCGGACCCGCAUGGAUACGAUGUGAUACCGGAAGAAACACAAACAGCGCAAAAUUUAUACCAGCUCGUUCAAACCAGUGAAGGGGCCGCCCUGGUGCCCGUAGUUGUGAAGUCUGAUGUCGACAAAAUUACUAUAAAUUUAAACUCAAAGAUAGCUGAACAAACAAACACGGUGACUUGUAACGAUGUACCCAUUUCAAGUGCUGUAGAGGCGAAAACUAUCUCAAAACUCAUCAAUGGAGUUGCAAUCGAAAUAGUGGGCACAGAGCAUCACUGCUGCUGCUGCAUUAUGCUUAGACAAAUAUGUAAAACCAAACAAACUGUGAUAACGGACUAUUUUAGAAGUAAGAAUAUAAAUGAGAAUAAAUCUAAAUCUAGCGAUAAUUGUCAGUGUAACAAAAGUAGGUAUCCAGCGGUGACGAAAAAGUUGAGGCUUUUAAUAAAGAGGUAUAAAUUUAAUUCCAAAUGUAUUUAUGAGGACAUUCUGAAGAAACUAAAAGUGAGAAAAACGGCCGAAGAUAGGUAUUUGGACGGGGCGAUAGAGCCUUACAGCAUGGAAGACUUGGCCUACGUUGCCGAAUUCCAACAGAAGUUAACCAUACGCGUUCAAUUAGCGAGGAACAUCCAGAUAAAGUAUCGCGUGUACAAUCUACUGUCGAAUUUCGAUCUCGACUGGGACGAUCCCAUCAAGCUUGCCUUAGAACUGGACCAAGUGUUCAACAUAGAUUUGGUGGACGUAUUCAAAGAGUUUGUCGGUUUUCUGAACCCUGAGCAAGCCGACAAAAUUGGACGAUUCCGUGACUACUUCAUACACAACUGCGCUGGGGAUCUGGUGAGAAAGAUAGAAGAACAUGUGAAAGAUGAGACGACGAAAGAGUCUCUUCUGAAGCAAAUCAGCAUGGUUUUUACAGCGCGCGAUUGUACCCCGUGCUCGUUUUGUAGCGGGCUUCUGAUGUUAAUGCGUCCUUACCCACAACUAGCGGAAUAUACGUUCUCACUGUUCCCGCACGCUAGGCGACACAAUCGUCCUAAGGACGAGAAAGUCGAUUCGAAUUUAAAUGCUGCGCCAUCAUCGCAAGCCAACAGUCAAAAGACAUCGAACGCCGAACACCCAGCGACCGAACCGCUGGCGAAAACGGACGAUGCGAGGUCCGGCGAGGAGUACGAGGCUGACCAUUCUUCGAGCAGUGAAGAAAAUGAUGGCGACACAACCGUUGUACCAUUGGAUCAAUGUCCUACCGACGAUUCUAUUCUGGAUCAAGAAAAAAAAGAAGCUCCGACGAUAAUUAAAACAGAAGCGCCAAUGUCAGACGAAUUUGUUACAUCAGAAGAAGAGUUCGUUAAAUCAGAACCAGCCGAGUGGAAACGGGAUGAAGAUAAACUCAUUUUAGAAAUGUUGAAAGAGCACUUGACUCCGGAAGAAAGGAAAGAUAAGACCAUCCUGGAAAUAAUUGAGGAAAAGCAAAUCGUCCAAAUCCUAAUGCAAAGUCUAACAGAAAAGUCAUUUAAUGACAUAAAGGAGAGAAUGAUAGUAAUCUUGAAUUUGCUGGUUUUAGGAAAAUUAUAA